AUAGAUCAGUGCUUUUGUCAAAGUUACUGUUCUGAGUCACAAAAGAGUUCCAUAUAUAGCAGUAUGCAAACAAUAUGGCUGACUAUUCAAACACAAGUAGCGCAACCAAAGAAAUAACACAAUAUCUAAAUGUGAACAAUGCUAAACUAUUAGCUCUUGGCCUAGUUUUAGCAUUUGUGAUGUACCAUGGAAUCUUGCACUACAAAUACGGAAAUGACUCCUGCAAAUGGCUAAUGAGUGAAGGGAGAUUUCCAGGAAGUGAUAGUUGGCAGCCAUAUGGAUGCAUGAUGCACAAGUAUAGCAAAGCAGAUGCUAGAACUUGUAUGCAUUAUGUCUCUUAUUGGGGAGGUCACAACCACAUAGCCUUUAUUGGUGACUCUCGUAUUAGGCAGCUGUAUCAUGAGCUUGUUAACCUUGUAAGUGAAGGUCAAGAAGAUAGCUCACAAGAGAAGGCUCAUCAUGACCUACAUUUCAAAGAUAAUAAAAUAAAUAUUAAAAUAGAUUUCUUAUGGCAUCCCAUGGUCAAUGCAUCCAUGUAUGAUGUCUACUAUAAGUGGCUUAAAAGUGACCAGCCUGGAGCCAGGCCCAAUGUUGUCAUUACAGGCAGUGCCUCCUGGGCUAUCAAAAUUUUUAAUGGAAGUGCUUCAGCUUUAAAAAAUUUUCAAUCCAACCUCACAUUUACUAGAGAAAUGUAUCAAAAGUUAAAGGAUUCAACCAGAGUUGUCUGGAUGUUACAAGAUCCUGUGGAUGAAGAGAAAUUAUCAGAGGAUAGAAAAAUGAUAACAAAUGAACAAAUUGACAAGUAUAAUAAAAUGGCAAUAACAGUUUUAUCAUCUUCAGCAGCCACAAUCUGGAGCUCUUCAAGGCUUGUAGCCCAGGGACUAAAGAAAGAAGAACCUACAUCAGAUGGCCUUCACCUUCAGAAAAAAUCUCUAGAAAUAGAUAUUCAGAUGUUGAUGAAUAUGUAUUGCAAUAAUGAGAUGAACUACAAUGAUGGAACCUGUUGUAAUACUCCUGAAAGAGCAACAACUCUUCAAAUCAUCACAGCUGUUGCUUUUUUAGUAUGCAUGUGCAUCAGUGUUGGCCUAAUACUUUAUAGACGAAGAGUUCCAAGAAAUGGAAAUAAAGCUAGAACAGAGAAUGGCUCAAGAAAUGGUCAGACAGCUCAGCAAAAAGACUAUAAUGAAUCUUUCUAUGAGAUCAUAACUUCAUUGGCCAAACUGGGUCUCAUAAUGUCAUACUUUUACUUGUGUGAUCGAACAAGUUUCUUCAUGAAAGAAAACAAGUAUUAUACAACCUUGAACUUCUGCUUACCCUUUGCUUAUGUCAUGAUAUUAGGUUUCUUUUUUACAGAGAAUACUGACAAGGUGAACAUGCUGCACAGAGACCAAACAGAUGAAUGGAAAGGUUGGAUGCAGUUGGUCAUUCUCAUCUACCAUCUGACUGGUGCUAGCAAGGUUCUGCCUCUCUACAUGCACAUCCGAGUGUUAGUGUCUUCAUAUCUCUUUCUCACAGGAUUUGGACACUUUUGUUAUUACUGGGACAAGGGGGAGUUUGGAUUUAUAAGAUACUGUGUGGGCUGGCGGCAAUGCCAAAUUGUUUGGCGGUAUCGUAACAACCAGAUGAGGCGAGUGUUUGAAGUUUUGUUCAGAAUGAACAUUUUAGUGGUGACUCUUUGCUUUGUGAUGAACAGGCCUUACCAGUUUUACUAUUUUGUACCUCUGGUCUCUUUCUGGUUUUUGGUGAUCUAUUUGGUCAUGGCCAUUCCUCCACACGUCACAGCUCAGUCUUCUGAAGCCAAUCCAAUGCUCUACCUGUACAUGAUACUCAAAUUUGUUGCCUUGAUAGUAGUCAUCUCCCUUUUUUAUUUAUCAGAGGUAUUCUUUGAAAAAGUGUUUCUCACCCGUCCUUUAAAAGCCUUGUUUGUAACAUCAGAUGAUUCUAUCCAUGAGUGGAGGUUUAGAUGGCAGCUGGAUCGUUUUAGUCCAGUGUAUGGUAUGCUGUUUGCCUUUGGUUACAAGGUGUUAGUGCGUUAUAAAAUCAUCAAGGAUGAUGGUCCAGGAAAUUUGUUUUCAAAUACUAUUUCUUGGACGUUAUGUGCACUGUCACUAAUUGGCAUUGGGAGUUAUGCUGUCUUCUCAGUAUUAUGUAGCAGUAAAGUUCAAUGUAAUGAUGUACAUUCCUACCUGGUCUUUCUUCCAAUUAUUUCAUUUAUUUUGUUAAGAAAUGUUCUUGGUUGCCUUCGUACUAGAUAUAGCUCUUUCUUUGCUUGGUUUGGUAAAAUCUCUCUAGAGCUUUUCAUUAGUCAAUAUCAUAUCUGGAUGGCAGCCGACACCCAUGGUGUCCUGGUUCUCAUACCUAGUUACCCAGUGCUCAAUGUGGUCAUCACCUCUUUCAUCUUCAUUGUCAUCUCCCAUGAGAUCAACUCCAUUAGCAACACACUUUGUAGCUACGCCGUGCACCAGGACAUCAAAAUUCUGUUAAGGAACAUUAUAGUAUUCAUUGCUGUUUUGUUGCCCCUGUGUUAUUUCAAUGGUUUGCUGGGCUUGUAACAUCAAUAAACUGCUUAAGUGUGUGUAUGGGCCUAUUGAUGUGUGAAGACUUAUCUGAUGAUGGAUCUACUACUCAUUUCUAUUCAGUAGUUGAAUGGCUUUUAAUAAUGUUUUUUAAAAAUGUUAUUUGAAUUGAUUUAAAUGAGGAUAUUACUGAAGGGCUGUGGACACAUUUUAUUGGUUAAAUUAUAUUACUGAAGAUGGCAGAAGAACUAUUUUCAUUUUUCUUAAUAAGCUUGUUAAAAAAAAAAGAGAAAUCCAUCACAUAUUAUUAUCAGAUCACAAAGUUUGUACUAAAUUUAAUUACUAAUUUUUUAAUGAAAUAAAUUUGCUUAGACAGGGACACAUUUGAUCAACAGUGGUUGGUGGUUUAUAGAAAAAUACUUAAGUCACGAAAACUUGAUCUUCAGUUUUCCACUAUUUCAUGAAAUGACCAGGCAGAUGUAUCUAAAAUAAAAAGAUAAUGGCAAUAAAUUAUAGAUCUAAAUCUAAUAUGAAUCUGGAAUAUAAAAUGUUAAGCAUUUUGUAACUUAGUUGCAUAGAUUAAAGGUUAAAGAGAUUCCUUAUUAAUUUUUUUUAUCAUCCUAGAAAAACUUAUCUAAUCAAACAUUGAUAACUAGAUCUAGAUUAUUUUUAGAUAAAACAUGAUAGAUAAGAUAAAAAUAGAUUAUUUCCUAUGACCCUUUUUGUUAUUUUGUUUCUAGAAUGAUUACUUCCUGGACUAUUAGGACAUAUUUUAGAAAUCCUUUGAACUACAAUAUCUUAUAUCACGUAAUUGAAAGAAUCACUAAUAAACAAAUAUUCGUUCUUCAUUAAUAUACUUCCAUAUUAUGUUAAUGAGUGCAUCUGUGCCUAACUACUUCAUGAUCUUGUUUUAUGGUUUUGUUCUGUUCUAUGUUGCUAGCAUGUGCUUAUAAUAUCAAAAUAAAUAUAUGCUCAGAGUGUUGGCUAUGUCAGUAAAACAACAUGUUUUCUUGGGUGAUGCCAAAACGAAGCUUUAUAUUGUUUUGUUUUUUUUCAAUCAAAAUGACUUGUCAGUAAGCUUACAGUGUUCUUCAACACUAAGGGAGGGAAUUCUUCCAUUACUAAUAUGAAAACAUCUAAAUGUGUAAUGAAGUGUUUCUCAAACUUUCACCAGUGGCAAGCCCCCCCCCCCCCCUUUCCCCAAAGAAAAUAAAAGCUUCCUUCUUGUCCCCCUUUAACCAGCAUGGAGGAGCUCUGUAGAAUCCCACAGUGGGGUAAUGAAGGGUUUUUAAAAAAAAAAAAAAGAACUUAAAGACAAAUAAUUAUACCACAAUUUUCAGGUUUUAUUUCACAUAAAUCAUUUUAUCUUCUGUUCAACAAAGUUUGUAUGUUUAUAUUUUUCUGAGAUAGUGUUUCAUAGAAAGUUUAGUGUUUUCUUUACUAGAAAACAUUCUUUCUUUAGAUAAUAUUGGUUCAGCAAGCAUUUCCCUGCAUUAGCUUCAGAAAUUUUUCAUCCUUUUUCCACCACAAAGUCUUUUUCUUAUGGUCAGAAUAGUGCAUAUGAAGGUUAAAGUAAAAAAAAAAAUGGGUCGCCCGACAACAUUGAACAUAUGCGAUCAUAGCACACUAUUCAUCUUUUUUAAAAAAUCAUAUUAAGUCUAAUAAAGAUGGAGGCAGCACUAGCCAGUUUUAUUAAGUGAGGAAAAUGGGCAUGGUUGUUGUAAGAUCAUUUUCAUGUGAAAUAAAACAUCUUGCCCCUGACUUUUUUAUUUGUCACAAAAAAGUCAUCAUCAUAAUGAUUUAACAUUGAUUUAUGACAGUCUGAGAACUUUGACUAUUCUGUCACAAGAACAUUGAGAAGAAUCACAUUAUCGAAUAUUUUGAAAUGUUUUCCAUACAUAGUUUUGAAUCAAUAUUGUUGCAGAUGCCUCUUGCAAAAACAGUAUACAUUUUAAAAGAUCCUGUUAGAAGAUGAAACAAUGUCUCCUAUUUAAAACAUUUCAAUUUUAGAAAUAUUGGUAAUAUUUCUAUUUAACUGUCAAUAUUUAAAGAUGAAUUUAUAACUACCAUGAAAAUACUCCCUGUUGUGUCCUCCUUUAGAGGAUCGUCUAGGGAGAAUGCACUUCACAGUUUGAGAAAGGCUGGUGUGUUGCUUGGAUAUGUCUAUAUUAUCUUUAUGUUUUGAUUUCAACUUGUGAAAUUCUGUAAUAGACUAAAAUUACCCUACCAUUACUCAUCUAGUCUCAACAUUUUAAAUUAUUCUUUCUUAAACUUUAUUUUUUUAGCACUAUUUUGUAACUUUUUUGUUUGUUUGAUAACAGUGUAUUUGGUACCGGUACAUACUUGAUUGAAUGAACUAAACGACAAUAAAGUGUUGGGGCUAGCUGCAAUACCAUCACAUGUGAUAUUUUUUCUGCUAUGCCAACAAUUGGAAAACAAUAAAUUAUUGUUGUAAAAUGUUUGUGCAAGUGUGUACGUUUAAGCAUAAAUUAUAAAUUGUAUUACCUUUAAAUUUUUGUUUUGAUGUUAUUGAAUUUCAAACAAUUAUUUGAUAAGGUUGACCUUUUAGAGGGAUUAAAUAUUAUUUAUUAUGUUAAUUAUCUUAGAAGACCGUCCCUUCCCACAAAAAAUAAUAAAGUUGAUUAACUUGUAUUGACUUCAAUUUGAAGCCUUUGAAAUUUUAUAGUUUCUUUUUAGUAUUGAUGAUCACAUCAAAAAGGCUUUUUAAAUUUUUUUAAAACAAAUAUUUAUUAAAUUUAUUUCAAAAGUUGUUUUGUGUGAUAGUAUAAUUAUCUUAUACUAAAAAUGUUGUACAAUCAAACUGCAGAUUACAUGCAGAUUAGGGGGUCAAUGUCUUUUUAAUAAAAAAAAAUGUGUUGAUCUUUCAAAAUGCUUGCAAACUGCAGCUCCAACCAGUCUCAGACUGAGACACAGAAUUUCAAUUACUCAGUCUCAAAAUAAAAUGAGAUUUUUUUUUCUGUUUCCAUUGAUGACUUUUGUUUAGCGUAGGAUUUUGUAUGUCUGAAGCUUUCCAUUGAUGCCCAGUUGCUGCAAAUGAUUUGAAAAGUUUUUCUUUUAGACUUUCUAAUGAUGCCAAUAUUUUUUAAAGAUAUAAACAUUUUACGAUAUAAAACAAACAUUACAUCCAUGUAUAAAAUGUACAUAAUUAAGUUAUCUAUAAAACAAUAAGUUGUGUUUUUUGAAGAUUGUACUAUUAUGAUGUGUUUAACUUACGCUGCAUGGCCUGUAACCUAUUAAAUGACUGAAAUUUACUGUCUAAUCUAAUAUAAUCUGUAACUAAUGUGCUGUGGGAUGUAAUGCACACUGUGACUUUGAUGUACUGUGUGAUGUAUUGUGCUAAUUGAUUGUCCUGUGUGACUGAACUGAACAUUAUGAUUGAAACAAAUUAGUGAACUUUUCUUUCUUUGGAGUGUAUAACUUGAUUAUUGAAGUUAUUGUAAAUAAUGAAUGAGUUCUAGAACACCUGGCUGCUUUGUGAAAGGUCUGAAUUAAAAUCUUUUUACCUGUACUUCUAUUAAAAAAUUCAAAGGAGUCUUCCCAAGUGUUUUGACAUAAUAUUGAAGCUGAGUGGUAUCGUGCUAAAAAAAAGUAAAGUUCCCCUUUCAGACCUUGCGAUCUAUGGGGGCAGAUGAUGUAAAGGUCAUCUGUUUCUAUGGCCCACGGUUAACGAGGGUGUCAUAUGGCCAGCACAAUGACCAACCGCCUUUACUUUUCCCCAACUAAUGUCAGGUACCCAUUUGAGCUGGGUGGACUCAGUGCCCAAAAAUCCCAAAUUAAAAAUCCCAGUCCUCACCUGGAUUCGAACCCAGGACCUGGGUAAGGAGGCCAAGCGCUUUACCUCUCAGCCACCGCGCCGCUGGUAUCAUGCUAACCUGAUGAUAAUUGUCAUUUUGUUAACAGAAAAGGGAUUAAUACAACUCUUUUUUGCCCUUGACUCUUUACAUUUUGAAGGUUAACCUCUGUAGCAUUAUAAUUCUCAUAUUUGAAUCACAGUUGGUGAGUGACUCGUAAUGUAAUAGUUUGCUGUUUAUAAGUUUGUGUGUGUGUGAUGCUGUCAUUAUACACUAGAGUUCCAAGUUGUAAACAAUUCUGUGCUUUCUUUCAUCAGCAGUUAGGAUUUUAUAAAUCUCUGUAUCAUGAUCAUAUUUUGUUUUGAUCUUAAUCCAAUUUUGUAUCCACUUAUAAUUUAUGACUUGACUCUCUAUUUAACCAGCAGCCUUAGUUCAUGAAAUUUCUUGUGAAAUAAGAAUUAUUUUAAAAGAGAGAAUUUAUGUCUUCUGCAUAUUACAUAAUGCCUUAAAGGACAAGAAGGAUGCAAUGUUACCAACAUUAAUCACCUAGACACACACACUUGGAUAAACGCAAAAGUAAAUAUUAGACAGUACACCAAAAAAUAAAAAAAAAAAUAAAAAUUAACUAUUGGGGUUAUAUCUUGGCAUUAUACAAUAGGAUUGUGGCUAGGUCUCUAGAGCAGUGUUUCCCAAACUGUGUUCCACAGAAUUCUAGUGUUCCAUGAGGCCUGAUUAGGUGUUCCACAAACUAGUGAAAUAAUUAGCUUGAUGAAUACAUCUCUAAAAAAAAAAAUAUAUUCUGCUAAAUAUUCAGAAUGUGCAAAGUUUUGGAAAUACUGCUCUAUAGCAGUGGUUCUCAAACUCAAGGAGGAACAUAAACCAAUGUUCGAACAAGGAUAUCACAAAUACUGGUUACACAGAUUACAAUUGUAUAUCCUGAAUUGAGGGUUACUGUAAAAAAAAAUUGUUGACUAUUUGGUAGAAUGUGGAUUCAGCUCGUUACCAACCUCCUCACAUUAAAGAAACGGACUAAAAAUUUGCAGUUUCUACUUUAAAACAUUGAGUUGGACAUAACUAGACUCAUAAAAUGAAAUUUAAACCACAGUUAUAAUUUCAAUAAACAUUCCUUCAACAAAAUGUUUUACAUUUGUAAGUGAUACACUUUGCAUUUAUGUAGCUUUUUCAAUAUGGGGUCUGUGGGCAAAUUUCAAUUAUGUAAAGGUGUCCCCGGGUCAAAAAAGUUUGAGAACCUCUGCUCUAAAGCAUGAUACUGUAGCUAGGUCUCUAAAACUUUACAAGAACAUUCCCUUGCUGCUGUGUUGUAGACAUCAUUAUCUUCAUAGAGCAGUCAGAGUAGCAGAACAGUUUAGAUAGUAAUGAUGGCAUCAAAUGAAAACAGAACUGUUUGAAAAGCAUGAAUUUGGACUCUAAACUUUAUCAUAAUUGUUCAUUUAUUUUGCCUUUUAUAAAACUUUUGUAUCAAUUCAACACAAUUUAAAACUUUUUUUGUAAGUACUUUUCAAGAGCUUUGUAUUCCAAAGUAGUUUGUGAUCCUAAAAGUUUCAGAAUCACUCAUGUCAAUCAUUAGUAUCUAUUGAUGUAGGCUUAGAAAAUUUGACAAAGCAUUCUGUUGUAGAAACUUUGUUGAAAACCUUCUUUAUUUUUCAUCCAGUCAUCCAUUCCAUGUGUUGAUAUUUGUUAAUCAAUGUUCUCUCUGUUCGUAGUGUCUGCUGUAUUGAACUGAUAUCAAGGUGUUCCACACAAACAAAGUUUAUUCUAUAAUGUUUGCAUAAUCAUUUCAUGGAAUGUUGGUUUAUCUCAAAACGUGUUCAUGUAAAAGAGAGUUUACUGUAGUAGAUCCUCUCCAUCAAAGAAUGACUAUUUUAUUUGAGGAAAAAAAGGCUCCUGUUACCUAAAUGUCAAAGAAAAAUGUCAGCACAGGUAUUAAAAAAACAACAACUGAAUUAUAUCUAGGAACACGGAAACAGCUACAGUAAAAAAAUAGCUAGGAACAUGGUAGCAUCUGCAGAAAGGCAUUCUGGAUUACUUUUAACUGAAUAUAUAUAUACACUAUGAACUGUAUUUUUUCAUUCCAUUAGAUACAACUUGACAAUAAUAUAUAUAUAUAUAUAGGUUUUUUGUUUAAAUGUAUGUUUAUAAAUCAAGAACAAAUGAAAUUCUUCAAACUAGUUACUUGAUAGAUUAUUUAAAACUGGAGAUUGAUUUUAUGAAAUUGUAUCUAUAAUAGUACACUUUUCUUUCUCUAGAGUUAGACAAAUAUUGAACACAAAAUCUGUCCUGUUUGUAAGUAUAAGUAAUUCCAAACUGUAACCUAAUUCUGAGUAGUGGGCAGGGACCAUCAUGAAGAGCUCACCAAGUGUUCAGGAAUCUACCCCCCUCCCAAUUCAAACUGGUCAUGGAAUCAUUUACAAAACAUUUUCAAUCUAAGUUUUGUUCUAGAUCUCCUGAACUGCAAUUUAAAAAUAUUUGUUCAAUAUUGAUCUAAAUGUAAAUUUGUAUGCAUCAACUUGCAAAAUUCUAGACAAACUUCAAGUUUUUUUUAUGUCUUGAUAUCCCCAAAUGACAGGAAUAUAUCUGCCUAUAGUAUACUGUCGUUUUGUAAAAAAUUUUUUUUUUUUAAAUUUUGUACUUUAUGUUUUUAAUGCAAUCUUUUGAGACGUUCCUCAUUGUAUAGUGAACAUUGCACUGAAUCACACUAGUGUCAAUGUUUUGUAGAUAUUUUUACAUUGCAUCAUAACAUAGGGUGAAUAAAUUUUUGAAUUUUUACAAA